CAAAAUUUUACUUCCUCAUUCCUUUGGGUAAACUCUAUUGAACAUAUUUAAGUUUGGUUUAAACAGGUCGCUUAACUUUUGAUUUUCCUUCAUUUAGAGGAGAUAGUUCAGAUGGCGAAUCGGUCACCGGGCGGCAUCCGCAUACAUAUGCAAGGUUUUGAAGCUCAGCAAGCUGGUUCUCAAUGUACUGGCCGGCAAUACGGCGAUAGAAGAUAUGCUUGGGACAACUAUGGUAGCCAGCAGAGACUUUCUCAACAGCAUCAAUACAUGGUGGAUAAACCUGGCAUUCGUGCUCAAGAAAACCAUGAAAGUCCUAGAUUAGGCAGUCAGUCCUUCGCAACGGAGCAAUACACGGAUGUAGAUGACACUCUUCAUAAAGACCGAGAAAUGCUGACUUUGGAAAACACGACAGAAAUAUUGUCAAAUUUAGAGAGCCUUCAGUCACUUGUUGAACACUCAAAACAUGAACUGAAGACAAUUAAACAGUCUUUGUCGGCCAGGGUAUUUGAUGAAAACAUUAAACUAAGAGAAGAAUUAGAAAAGUUAAAACAAGAUUAUCAGGAACUGCAGAAGCGUUGUCAAGAGGUGCAAGUAAAUGCAAGGGAAAAAGAGAAGAUCAAGAAGCUUGAACAAGAAAUCAAAACGGCCAAUGACGCUAUAGAUAAAUACAAAAACGCAUAUCUAGAUAUCGGUCAGAAACAUGAGGAAGAACUUGCUAAAACACAAGCACUUGAUCAAGCACUGAAUGAAUAUAAAAUGAACAUGGACAAAGUGGUGAUCGAAUGUGAGUCGCUAAAGAAACAGUUGUCUGAUGUACAGCAACUAUAUGAAAAGGCAAGGGAAGAGAAGAAAAAGAGCGAAGCUAAUCUGUCUGAAUCUAAAACACGACUGAGCCGUCUGAUGGGAAAUAAGCUUGCAAAUAACAACCCUGACAUAGCAGAUCUUAGUGAUAAAAACAGACCAACAAAACUUGCUGAGAAGAAUCAGGAACUCUAUGAUAACGAAUGGACAAAUGCAUUUGAAGUGAUACAGGAACACUUCCGUAAUGAGAAAAAGACAAUCGAAAUACUGGUGCAAGUGUUACAGGAUAUUAAGACGCAAUGUGAUUCGAUAUCUAAAGAACAACAGCAAAAACUAAGCGAAGCGGUUCAACUAAAACGUACAGGUGAGCUGCCAGAACACAUUUAUAAACAACUUAAAGACUUCUGCAGAUUUACGGUAGAAUCAUCCCUCCCAGAAGUAGUCGAGAGAUGCCUAAAUGGUGCCCGUUUAAAGACGUAUGCUACUUUGUUGAAGGAUGAUAAUGUCCAGGCGUUUUUCAGGGGGUGCGUAGAGCUUUGCUGGCUGAUGAAUUUACAAGAUCCUCCUCUCGUCUUUGGGGAAAUCCCAAACCAGAUGGAUGUAUUUGAUACUAAUAAGUACAAAUAUUACACUCAGACAGGUCCAUAUGUCAACUAUAUUGUAUGGCCUGCCCUUCUUCUGAAGACAAAUGGUUCACUGCUUAGCAAAGGCAUCGCUCAGGCAUGUGGUCGGCAGCAAAGUGAGUCUCGUACACGGAGAACUACAGCAGCUCAGCAAAGUUCUUCAACAGUUUAUUGCACUUCUGGACGUAAUGCGACUGCACCUUCAGAACAGACUAUUGGCCGCCGCUUCCCCGAAAGAGACAGGUUAAAAGGAAAUUAUGUCCAAGAAACCAUUGAUAUUUCUUCGAAUUUCCAUGGUACUGAGCAAAAUGUUCAAAGGCAAAAUUAUCAACAAUCAGUUGUGAAUGGUCCGAAUGAUUCAGCAGAUAAGUCGAAACAUUUUGGUCAUACAACGACAGAACGCAGGACACCUUCAGCAGGAAUGAUGAAUAAAAACAUGGGCAUAACUCAAAAUCAACGUCAGCAGCCGAGAGCGCGUCCACCUCCUUUAUGGCGUUUUUUUCUCAACCUUGAAAGCACAUACGGUAUUGGCAGUCCCGAGAUAAAAGCCGCGAUUGAAGAAGGAGAAUACAACAAAUGUGUAGAGUACUACAACUCCAUUAAAGCAGUGUUUAAACACACAUUUAUACGCAAAUGUGUGUUUUUUCAAUUGAAGAUCGAGAGUGGACACCAUAAUAUAAUAUUUUCUCCACGAGCGAAAAUUCAGGUAUCCCAUGGCAACUCUGGCCGAUGGGCAUAUCCACGAGAUUCAGACGAGUUGGCCGAAACGUCUGGGAGUAAUCUGCAGCAGCCCACACAAGUAUCUGAAAAUCGCCGAGGAAUAAACCGUGACGUAGAUGACAAACAACGACCAAAAGUUGACAAAUUUAACCAACUUACAGAUGCAGUUGAAAAUCUAGGGCCUCUACUAGAAUCGUUCAGGGAGGAACAAAAGCUUAAAGAACAAAAAAUUCAGCAGUUAUUGGAUGAGAAUGAUUGGCUUAAGGCACAAAAAUCGAAAGCACAAACUUAUGAAAAUCAAACUACAUCAGGUAUCGGUAUACUCCAUGAGAAUAUGGUACUUAAGGAUCAGUUAAACGAAAAAGAUACUUUGUUAAAAGAGGAACAGGCAAAGCUACAGGAGCUGCUAAGGGAGAAAGAUUCAAUACGAGCACAGCAAACGGAGAUGCAAAACUUCGGAAAUAAUGCUACUACACCUACAAACUUACUUGCUGAAAAUACAUCAUUAAAAACACAGUUGGAAGAAAAAACAAAUUUAUUGCAAAGAAAUGAAUCUGCUUACAACAAGUUGUACUCUGAAUACACUGAUUUGCAAUCCAAUAUGAACACUUUAGAAAAAGAACUGACACGAAUUAAAGCAAAUAUGGAUAUCUAUAAGAACAGCCUUGAGGAAGAGCGGAAAAGGAAAGCUCUUAUUUUAGAAGAGAUGAAAGGUUUGAAAAUACAAAGAGACGAAUGCCAAAAGAUCAAAGACACGCUACAAAAGGACAAGAUAAAGCUUGAAGCUGAAGUUACAGAAUCUAAGAAACGUUUGAGUCGCAUGAUGGGGAACAAACUUUCGGACAACAACCCUGAUAUAGCGGAUCUAAGCGAUAAAAAUAGGCCUACUAAACUUGCUGAGAAAUACUCAGAACUUUAUGACAACGAAUGGACAGAUGCAUUUGAAGUUGUUGGUGGUAGCGACGAAAUCACAGGAAUCAAUAUGCUUUUGAAACUACUGCAGGAUGUGAAUAGUUUCUGUAGCAAUUUAGCAGAAACCCACACAGCCGAGAUCAGAACAGCCGUCUUGAUGUCAUAUAAUAAGAAGAAACAACCGUCACAAUACUUCAGUAAACUGUUGAAGGACUUCAGAAAGGUUACUGCAGAAGAGGCAACAGAAAGAGUACUAGAGAUUUAUAUUGAAAACCUUCAGUCGAUGGACGCAGCUGCGUAUCGUUUAGCACAACAUGAAAAUGUACAGCCCUUUUUGCGGGAAUGUGUGGAGCUUUGUUGGCUGAUGUCAGUACAAGAUCCUCCGAUAGUAAUCGGAUAUCACAAGAAUCAAAAUAGGACAGAGAAAUUUGAUACUGCAGUAUUCAAACCAUAUACACAGACCGGUGUCUAUUUCGAUUACCUUGUCUGGCCUCCCCUUUACCUGCACGAGAAUGGUCCAUUACUUGCUAAAGGUGUUGCACAGGCACGUGGAAAUAAAUUGCCGAGUGAAAUCGCUUCAAAGUUGAAAUCUGGUUCACGCCUAAGCGCUGGUCCUGGUACAGCUGUUCCUGUUGCUACUGCUUUAAAUGACCAAAGGACAUCAACACCCUCGCAGGAAAUGUCUAGAAGCUAUAAUCAGAAGUCUUCCAAAUUAAAUAAAAACAACUUCAGCCGAACGAUCACUGGAGGAAGCGGUUUCUAUGACAACAAUUUCUCUUCAAACAUACCGCAAUCUGAGCACCAACAUUCUGACACAAGCGUGACAUCAUUUGAUCAAGCUGCUGCACCGGUUGAUAAGGGUUUGCUUGAAAAGAGCUUCGGGGACACCCUUGUUUAACACAUUUAAAUAGAAUAUGUCCUCCUCCGAGGUCAAACUUGCUUUAAAAAGAGGUAGGGAGAAAGGCUUUGUAUGUGCAAAAUAUUGAUUUGAACAUUCACGUUAUAUAAUGUUGUCUAUUAAGAAUAUAAACAAAUUUUAUUUCAAAGGAAACCUUAACAAUAUAUGUUACUGUAGUUUUAUUGCCAAAACAAAACAUAAUGAAUCUGAAAUUAUAUAGCUAAUUAUUUUUAUAAGCCUUUUGCUUAAAUGCUGUUAUUGUUAAUUCAAUACCAUACGUAAUCUUUAUGAAAUGAGCCGUGCCAUGAGAAAACCAACAUAGUGGGUAUGCGACCAGCAUGGAUCCAGACCAGCCUGCGCAUCCGCGCAGUCUGGUCAGGCUCCAUGCUGUUCGCUUUUAAAGCCUAUUGGAAUUGGAGAAACUAUUAGCGAACAGCAUGGAUCCUGACCAGACUGCGCGGAUGCGCAGGCUGGUCUGGAUCCAUGCUGGUCGCAUACCCACUAUGUUGGUUUUCCCGUGGCACGGCUCAAAUAUUUCUCAUCAUAUACAUCAUUAAUAGUAACAACCAAAUAAUGUCUCUAACCUUUAGCCUGCUGGUGGCAAGUGAUUCUGAAUAGAAUAUAUAGAAUAAUUCAAGAAUAGCCUGCACAUCAAUCUGUCUGCACUGUUCUCUAUCCAGUCAGUAACUUUUAUAUGAAUACCUCGUCUAAUAAUUAAUGGUAUUUCCCAAACUGAAUGAUGGGCCUGUCCAUUUUAGAAAUUUAGCUGGCUAAAGGCUAACUAAACAUACCUUAUGUGGAAUUCAUUCAAGAAUACACUCCAUCGCAUGCUGUAUAAAGUUACCUAUUGUCAAAUUUCCUCUAUUUAGAUUUAUUAAUUAUUCGAAGAUAACAAAAACCAGGGAUUUCUAUGAACAGCAAUGUCACAUCAUUACAAAUGAAAGGUCUUGUAAUUAGCAUGUUUAUGUUGAAAUCUAUUUACCAUACUUUCCAUGACAAAAUCUGUAUAAGUGACAAAAAUCGAAAUAACAAAAUAUUUUAUUAACCUUCAAAUAGUUGUUUUUUGUAACUUUUCACUAUUUCAAGAGUUACAAUGUUUUAAGUAAGUGAUCGCUUUUAGAGACGUGACGCUAAUAACGUCAUGAAAGCAAAAUGAUGACGUGCAUGGAGUGUUUAUUUCAUGUCAUAUAUAUGACAAAUUAUACAUAGCACUUCUUUGACAUCAUAGGUUUGAAUUUUGAGAGACAAUUUACUGAAUAAAACAAUAUGUUUUUGUUUCA